CGAAGGUUCACGUUUGUAGCUCCGGGAAAAAAUGCCAAAUAAUUUAGACAGUGACCCGUCACGUUCAACUAUAUCUUCGGUGGGUAGUCACGCAAUUUCCAACGUAAAUCACCGAACUCAUAACGUUAAAACGUCUCGUAUGAAGAUGAAGAAUCGCAUGCGGUUUCAACGGUCACACAGACGCUUGGAAAAAGAAAUACUGAAGAACAGUACUCAUCCUGCACCAUUCAGCUCGGUCAGAAUCAACGACAAGAAAGGCUCCAUGAAAGCCAAUUUUCUGCUUAUCUUCGCGAUUUUGCAAUGCAUCUGUGGGUUUGUGUUCCCAAUCUGCGAUGCCUUCGCUCUGACGGAUAACUGGAGUCAGUUUGCAAUCAAUCAUAAGUAUUACAUGGAGGUAUUCGUGAUGUCCGAAUACGUGGGAGCAAUUAUUUUCUUAGCCUACUUACAGCUACUGAUCCAUUGCUAUACAGAUCCCGAAGAAAAAAAGGUGUAUGAAGGUUUGUCAACUAGAAUGAGCACGGAAAGCUGGCAAAGAAAACCGUCAGUUGAGGCCAACAGCCCCGUGGUCCUCCCCCUUCGAACAAUGGAAGAUACGAGCGCCCAGCCCAUGCGUCCAGAAGGCCAGUGUGCGAAUCCAGGGAAAUUAAACAACUGUUUUGGAUUAUUUCGGUGGAAUUCUGAAAAGACGGCGAAUUCAUACCCCCCGAAAUUAUCAUGGCACAAAGAGGGAAUGAAUCUGUACAUGCGCUUAGGUGCUGUAGGUUUUGGCUUGGGAGUUAUGAUCCAUGAGGGAUUCAAUUUGUCUUCGGCGUGGGAGUUGGAGAUGCCAUACUGCCACAGCAAACUGUGGAUCCCACAGCAUUUGUUGCGCCUAGUCUGGUUACUAUGGCAAACCUACUUCAUCUUUAAAUAUCACAAGGUUAUUCUGCAUGUACAUCGAUUUAUCGUUCGCAUGGCAUUCUACCAUUUAGCGGUGGUUAACAUUUGUCACUGGCUUCGAGUGGUCAUCAGUGAAAUAGCCGAAAUGCUUAAACACAUAGAAGAUGGCAGUUCAACUAAAAGUGACCAACUCUAUCACACCUUGCUCAGUGUUCCUCUGUUUAAUGACGCUGAACUAAAAGACCAUGUGCAUCAUAUUGAAACGCAUAACACCCUACACAACAUCAGUAAUAUUGUGACAGGCGCGAUUCCAAUGUUAACGGAUCCAGCGUUCAAACCCAACCGCAAUAAAACCAAAAACUGUAAUUCACAUAUGGGGCAAACCUUGAAGCCGUUUCUUUUCCCAAUGGCUAUCGAGUACAGCCUUGUCACUGGUACUCUAUUCUACAAGAUGCUCAAACGUGUGGCGCGUUAUAACGCAGACCUACUUCCACCAGUACUUACACCAAACUCCGCUUGUCAGAAUCCAAGGACACCAAGCUUUUCCCUUCCGUCCACACCGCGAGAUUUGCACGAUAUCAUGCCAGCGGGAACCAGAAGUGAUAACUUAAGGCCCCCCGAAUACACCUGUACGAAGCACGCAAAAUACCGUCAACUGCUUGGAUGUAUUGUCUACCUGCCUCCGGAAUCUUCGGAGGAAGUGGAGCCUCACGCAGGUGCGGAGGGCGAAAAUGCGCCUCAAAGUCCUUUCAAAACCCAACCGUUUCGAUCCAACAGACACCUUGCAGCAAAUUAUUGUCAUCGAUCACACACAGGCCUUUUUCUGGGACUAAUGCUCUUCAUUGCAAGCGUCAUAGGAAUCAUUUCUUCGGCGACCAACAAAAGAAUAACCCUGCUCAAUUUUAUACCGCAUAUAUAUCAAUAUUCAAAAAUUAUCAUGCUCUCAGUCAGCAUGGUUGCCUGUUUAUUGGCUAUCGUCCAGACCCACCAAAUGAAGUUCCGACGAACAAAAGCGGGGGAAACAUUUGAGUAUAACCUGCUAGGUCUCGGCUUGGUAGGGUGUUUGACCUACCACAUGUUGUUAUUUGUUCCCGCCUUGGAGUGGAUUGUUCACGUCGUGCUUUAUCAGUCACAGGUCUCUCUCUUGGAUAAUAACAAUGCUGGUCACGUUGGAUUAAGUACACCUGGAUCAGAAAAAUGGGCUGCAGUUGCUAUUUUGUAUAUUGUCAAAUCCACAUUGGAGAUCCUACAGGCACUUUCGCAGUUCUUCUUUAUUGUGGAGGCAUCACGCCGCGGCCCUUGCUGUAAGAAGCAAGCACUCAUCAAACCAGGGAGGUCAGCGAUUGUGUUUCUGUUGAUUACAAAUCUCGCCCUAUGGUUGAUCAACACGUGCGAAAUCCGUCAGGCGGAACAUCAACUUCGGCUGCACAGAGAAUAUUAUGGACUGCGAACUUGGUCCGUGAUCACUUGCUGUUUUAUUCCUUUAAUAAUAUUCUUCCGCUUCCAUUCCACAAUCUGCCUUGCUCAAGUUUGGUCCACAUUAUAUGAAUUACGCUGAUACUGAUUUCAUUGCUGACAUUAGUUCGUAUCGCAUCAGUACUGCUUGUCAAGGAUUCCCUCUGAUUGCGUACCUUAGUAUUUGCUUGACCCUCUUUAUUACAUCGUUUUUCAGUUUGGUACUGUACAUCUUAGCAACUAUAUUCGGUUAUAAUACGCUUGAAACUUUCAUCAUGACUGUUCACUGAAUACUUCCAGGCAGACAAACGGUGGAAAAAUUGAAUUCAUUAGUAGCACUUUUUUUAACAUUCUUGCGUAUUUUAUUAUUCAAAUCCCUUUGAGAUUUUGAGGGUUUUUGGACCGUAUUACCGUGUCCGUCCACACGGUCGAUACUCAUGUCGAUAUUCAGACUUAGUUCUGAGCAGGGGGAAUAGAAACUUAUGUAAAGAUUAUUUUGCACGUGUUGAUGAAACUAGAUGCCGAAUAGUUUUCCUAUUAUCCUUAUUUUACCCCCUUUUCUGUUGAUUUGACCUGAGUGCAAUUCGUGAAGAGCUUUAAAUGCCAGGGCCUGGUUGACUUCUAUUAUUAGUGUGAAAAUAAAAAAUGCACGUGUUGUGAAUGCGAGUAUUUUUGUAAAUGGAUUGUUU